AUGUUGCGCAAUGCGUCUGAGAGCCUGGGACAUUUCAACCGGGCAUUAGCCAGCAUCGGACAGAAGUUCCUUGCACACCGGGACUCGUCCUUCCACCAGUAUGACUGGCCGGGGCUCCUGACAGCCUUUGUAUACGAGCCAUUGGACCCAGCCUCGGACUCCUUCCAGCCGGAGUUCCUCAUCCGUGCCGUCCAGUCGACCUACAGAGCAAUCUUCAGUAGCUACCUUACACUCGCCCGCGAUAUAUACUUCGACCGUUACCAGUCCCCUGCUACCCCCGCGGUGGAUGGAACCAUCAUCACGAAGACCUGGGACAUGACGCCCUCAACACCCUCGAUGGUCAUCAUCAUCGUCCUCCUGUCCAUUGAUUUCUCGGCCCUGGUCCUCGUAUUCGCCCUCCGUCAUAACCGCUUCAAUGGGCCGCGUAUUCCGAAAUCGGUUGGGUCACUGAUUCCGUGGGUCGCACGGAGCAGGAUUGCGCCUGACUUCCGGGGAACGUCGCGGAUGACGGACAGCGAGCGGCGGGAUUAUCUCGUGCGAAAGAGCCACAAAUACACUUUUGUUCUGUCUUUAUGCCCGGAUGGUGAAUAA